GAGUCCCCAAGCGUUGUCGCGUCCACUUUAUCGCGGUCUCUGAUUCUGUCGCGGAUUCGAGCCGAGCCACUGACUAACGGUAGUGCUGCACGCAUCUGGCGGCAAAUUGGCAGCGAGAAGCCCGCGCUAAUAAUACAUUUGAAAGCCGCCGAAAGGAUUGCGAGUCCAUAUCAAGCAUACGCCCCAUCCACCGAGCAAUCAAUUAUCUUUUGCGAUAGCAGAGCAGUGAAACAGCAAGAGAAGGACAAGAUGCAUGUGCCAUUAUAAAUUGGAGGGAAGGACAUAUUAGCCACUAAGGAGGUUCUCGUUAUAUAUGGAAACCUACAACUGAUAUUACUGUAGAUACUAGACUACAGUGAACUUGAGAGUCAGCUCUUUGCCCGCAUACAUAGAACCCACUCGCCCACACAAAAGUAACCUGACAUGGGUAAGGACUACUACAAAACCCUGGGGCUGCCCAAAACUGCCACCGACGAUGAGAUCAAAAAGGCCUACAGGAAACUGGCGCUGCGCUAUCAUCCGGACAAGAACAAAGCCGCCAAUGCCGAGGACAAGUUCAAGGAGGUCGCCGAGGCCUACGAGGUCCUGUCGGACAAGAGCAAGCGGGAGGUGUACGACAAAUACGGCGAGGAUGGUCUGAAGAGCGGAGGCACACGAAAUGGCGGCCCGUCGAGCAACUCGUUUACAUAUCAGUUCCACGGCGAUCCGCGGGCCACCUUCGCCCAGUUCUUCGGCAACAGCAAUCCGUUCGCCUCGUUCUUCGACAUGGGCGACAACCUGUUCGACAAGAACGUCUUCGACCUGGACACGGAACCCGACUUCUUCUCCUCGCCCUUCGGCGGCAUUGGCUCGCGACAUGGUCUGGGCAGUGCUUUCAGGCCCUCUUUCAGAUCACACUCCUUCAACGUGCACACGCCGUUCAAGAAGGAGCAGAAGCAGGACCCGCCCGUCGAACACGAUCUCUACGUGACGCUGGAGGAGAUCUACCACGGCUGUGUUAAGAAAAUGAAAAUCUCCCGGCGCAUCGUCCAGGCGGACGGCAGUUCGCGCAAGGAGGAGAAGUUCCUCGCGAUAUCCAUCAAGCCCGGCUGGAAGUCCGGCACCAAGGUCACCUUCCAGAAGGAGGGCGACCAGGCGCCCGGCAAAAUCCCCGCCGACAUUGUGUUCAUCAUCCGGGACAAGCCGCACGCCAUGUUCAAGCGCGAGGGCAGCGAUCUGCGCUACACGGCGAGACUGACGCUCAAGCAGGCUCUGUGCGGCGUUGUCUUCCAAGUUCCUACCAUGUCCGGCGACAAGUUGCGCAUCAGCACCAUGCAGGAGAUCAUCAAGCCGAACACGGUGAAGCGCAUCCAGGGAUACGGACUGCCAUUCCCCAAGGACACGACGCGCAAGGGCGACCUCCUGGUGGCCUUCGACAUCCAGUUCCCGGAGAAGUUGACCGCCGCCCAGAAGGAGGUGCUCCGGGACAUGUUAUGAGGUAGCAAAGCGAAGGAGCGACUCAGAAGGAGCGACUCAGAAGCAGCCACGAUCCUUGAGCGAAAUCAGGGGACUUAGUCAUCCAUUCAAACGCACUAAAAACCAAACCAAACCGAUCCAUCCGCCAAUCAAUGUCCUAUUCAUACGUAUAACAACCCAUCAUCAGGAUCCAGGAUCUUGCUCCCAUUUUGCUUGUUUUUGUGUUCAGUGAAACAUUUGCGCAUUUUUUACAGGAACUCCUCCCUCUUAACAACAACGGUUGUGCUCAUCUGCGCCACGAACAUGUUGCAUAAUGUGUAUGUUGACCAUAGUUAUUAUAUCAUUAAUUCUUAAUUUAUUUGUCUAAAUUAAAGCUACAUUUAAUAAAAUGACACAAGGAAGAAAAAACAAGCGAA